ACCAUUAAUAAAAACCAACAAUGUUCAAUAUUACAGAAUACUUUUUUGCUUGUUCAUUACUUCAUUAGAUAUUAAUGGCCAGUUUUAACAGGUGGCAUUAGUUAUCAGUGUUGAGGAGAUAUUGAAUCAACCCCAGCUAUAUGAGUGUUCAAGGGAUGAUAAUGACAAGGUAAAGAUAUUGAUAGGAUAAUUGUGUCGAAUCAAGCUUACUAUUCUAGCCGCUGGUAAUUUGCAGGCCGACGAGACCUGACAUGCCCGUUCUGCUGUAAAAGCUUCUCCUGGAAGAGCAAUCUGCGCAGACACAUGUACGAGUGUGGCCAGCAGCCGGCGAUCAGCUGUUCACAGUGUUCUUACAAGACCAAGCGUAAAGAGAAUCUCACCCGUCAUGUAGUACUGAGACACGGGAAACCGACACAUAAUCUUCACCUUGGUGACGAGAUCUUGGGAGAGGCUUUCCAGUCUGUCACUUAGAGUGCCUUCAUUGUCAACACAAUUAGACCCAUGGAAGAGUCCACUCAACAGGUGCGUUGGCAAGUGACACGAAGGUGAUGGAUGGCUGGGACGCUGCCACCAGUCGCUACAAGUGCAGACAUUGUGGACGUGACUACAAGUGGCGUAACUCGCUGCUCCGUCACCGCCACGAGUGUGGUGGCCACAAGAUGUACCAGUGUCCUGUCUGCCCUCACCGCUCCAAGCGGCGUGACAAUCUGGCCAAACAUGUGCUCUACAUCCACAACUCAGACAAAUCCUAGUCCUCUGGAAAAUUAUGAAUAGAUCUUCAUUAUAUUUAUGACUCUGUAUAUUUUAAAAUGUAUUACUGAUAAAUAUAUUAUUUGCCAUCAAA